CGACUCAUUCUUCACCCAAAACCCGUCCAAACCCACCCAUUUGCCCCUAUACCCUACCUCGAGUUGUUUCCCGCCAAAAGAAGAGGGAGAAGAAUAAAAGGAAUCGUGGUCCUAGUGGAGCCGAGUAAGAAGCCCUAAUCUCAAUGGCGAACUCCGCAGUCGCUGAAGCGCCAACGACUGAAAAUGCAGACAACAAUCUCCUUCAGCCCUUCUUCGUUCUUCACAAAGCGUCAUCAAAAAAAUCAACUGGAAAAACCAGAAGAAGGAUAGACUUAUCUCGAUGUUCGUCUAAAAUUUCCCACAAAUUGGAGGCGGAGACGGCAGAAGAAGAAUAUGAUGAUAGUCGCCGUGAGCAAUUGCGAACCGAAACUUUCAAUUAUGUGUGGUCCAAAAUCGAGUCAACAAUCAAGGAUGUUUUAAGGAAUAUCAAUGUUGAUGUAUUCAAUGAUAUACAUCAAUGGGUUGACGAGUCAUUCACUGCAAUUCGUUCACGUGGAAUGUCCCAUCACAGCAAGGCCACUCCAUCGUAUCCCAUUGUAACUGAUGCUACAUGUAGGCAAAUUGCAACUGGGUUGGUCUUCACCAAGACUAUGGAAUUUGUGGAUGAUCUGUUGACAUUUGAGGACCUUGGUCUGCAUCUGAAGUCUCAUGGAUGCCAUGUGGCUAACCUUUCCUCAUUGGACUUCUCUGCCAAGAAUGGGAUUGGUGGAUGUCUCAGAGGUUUACUGAGACAGUUUCUAAUGGUUAACUUGGAUGCAGCCGAUAUAUCUGUCUUAGCAUCAUGGUACAGUGAACAGGGAAACUACGAGAAUCCAAUAGUCGUGAUUAUUGAUGAUAUGGAAAGGUGCUGCGGGUCUGUCUUGUCUGACUUCAUCCUUACGUUGAGUGAAUGGGUAGUUAAGAUUCCAAUGAUCUUGAUACUGGGAGUUGCAACCACUUUUGAUGCCUCAACAAGCAUACUUCCUUCUAAUGCACUACAGUACUUGUCCUCUCGUAAGUUCAUUUUGGGAUCCCCGGCUGAGAGAAUGGAUGCAAUCAUUGAGGCUGUUCUUGUGAAACAAUGUUCUGGGUUCAGUUUAGGCCACAAGGUGGCAGUUUUUCUGAGAAACUACUUCUUAAGACAUGAUGGAACAUUGACCUCAUUUAUAAAAGCUUUAAAGAUAGCAGUUGCCCAACAUAUUUGUUCAGAACCUCUAAGUUCCGUACUCAGUGGGUCACUUAGUGAAGAAGACAGCCAGGGUUUUUGGAGCAAAAAACAUGUAAUGUUGCCAGAAAUAAUGCUCAAGCAGGCAUUUGAUCUUCCAUCUUGCAGGAGGAAUAAACUGGAUGAACCAAAUGCUGAAAUUUGGGCUCAUGGUUUGUCAGAAUUGAAGAGAUUGCAGAGAUUAUGGAGCUCUUUGGUUUUGUGCCUAUACGAAGCUGGAAAGUAUCAUAAAGUUAACUUGUUAGAUUUAUAUUGUGAGGUCCUUGAUCCACAGCUAUAUGAUUCAAGUGCUUCUGAUAAUCACUUGGGAUUAGGAAAAAUAUUUAGAAUGUCUUCAAGUGGUCGCUGUGUGCAUGGACAGUAUCCUCCUAGCUUGGAGAAAGGUGGUUUAAUCUGUCAGGCGAUACGCAAGGUAAGGGAUUUACCAGCAGCACGAUUAUGCCAGUUGCUCAAGAGUUGGGAAAAUCAUACAGAGGGAAUAAAUGAGAUCCACGAGAAAGUGAGGGAGCUGCAAUCUUUGUUGAAAUUUGAGGACGGCAAGAGUUUGCAACGAGAUUUGAGGGACUUAUCCAAGAAACAUACUACUCGAAACAAUUUAAAUAUCGAAAAGGAAGCAAAAGCACUAAACGAGAAAGCUGCUGCAUUGAUGGAAUGUCUGGUUAGGGACAAUCUGCAGCCUAUUGAGUGCAUACCUUUCCACGAAGUUGUCUGUUUUAAGAACGUAGACAAACUUCAGUCGGCUUUGAUAGGAGAUCCAAGAAGAACAAUCCAAGCCGAUCUACUGGAGUUUCACAAGUUCCUCAAGUGUAGUUGCUGCAACAAAAGUGGCAACCUUAUGUUGCCAUCCAUGCAUGACACCUCAAUUAUGUAUAUGUUGGCUCAAGAGCAUGGUGACCUUAUUAAUCUCCAUGACUGGUAUCAAUCUUUUAAAGCAACUGUCCUUCCCCCAACAAUCAAAGCGAAACAAAGGUUGAAGCACUCACCAUCACCGAAGAAAAGAAAAGUCACAAAUGAAUCUCACAACAAGAGUGAAGCAUCAGUUCAAGCACAGUUCUGCAGAGCAAUUACAGAGCUUCAGAUUACAGGGCUGCUUCGGAUGCCUAGCAAAAGACGCCCUGACUACGUGCAGAGAGUGGCUUUUGGUUUGUAACAUGUUCAGGUGUUGAAGAGGUUUGAUCCAAUUCGUUUCAUUAUUCUUUUAACCCUCUUUGUAAAUGCAAUUGCAUGCCUAUUGAGUGAAGUAUUGAAGAACCAUUCAUUUAUCUACUAAGAUUCGAUGUGUUCAAAAGGCAUCAUGAACAUAAAUGGAUCAUACGAUAUGUUCCUUGCUACCAUUGAAUGGUCAUUGAAAGGCAUCUUUAUUGUGUGUUCACUUUAAAUGGUAACUGUAGCGUCAUUGUUAGAAUAAAUGGACCGAAUGUCUGUUGCUUAGUCAUCCCAAAUGAAAAAUUGAGGGUUGAAGUUCCUAUUUUUUUAAAUGCUUAUUGUGCUUGCUUUUUUUUUUUUUCUUCAAAAAUUUCAUUUUUUUUUUACACUUACUUUCUUGUAAUUAAAUAUUUGGGGCUUGAAUACUUAACAUUUUAAGAUGAGAAUUAACACACGGCUCCACCUGUUCAAACCUAG